GAUGGCGCACAGUUACAGCUCACCGCGAUGCAACUGUUGCAGCAGCGGGUCUGUACCACAUCCACUACCUCGAGUACGGAGCCGCACGAGACAACUCCAAAGUUUGACGGGCAGGAGAUCUUCUGCAAUUCAACGAAGAUAGAUCCGAUUCCAUGGUUCCGCAAGUUCGAGCUCACGCUGCAGCUGUCCAAUGUCAAGGAACACAAGUAUCACGCCUACUUGUACUCUCGCUCAGGGGGCACGUGCCACGCUUGGUUGGACAACCUCUUGUCCAAGUACGGAGUGGUAGCAGCGGACUUGCACACCAUGAUCAGUUGGGAUGAUCUGAAGGCGGCGUGGUACAAGCGGUUCCAGGUGGAGCCGCCAGAGAUCAAGGCCAUGGACAAGCUCAUGAUUUUCGAGGAAGGCAUGCUGCCGAGUACGGACUGGAUCGCCGAGUACCAACGCUUGACGUCAGUCCCAGACAUCCAGAUGGGCUUCAAGGCCAUCCGCCACUACUUCAUCUCAAGGUCAUGUCCGACAUUGAGCAAUGCCCUGACGCAUGUCGAGUACACCUUGACGACGACGGCGGAAUUAUUUGACAAGGCGGCGCAGAUCAUCGUCACGAACAAGGUGGCCAAGAACCUCCGUUCAUCUGCAUCAGGCCUGAGCGGGAACCAGCAUCGGCCAAGAGUGGCCGUGGUCGCAGUGGCAGCGCUGUAAGGCCAAACCAGCGAGGCUAUGUUUGACCGUGAAGGGGACAGAUUCGCAGCCGCCCGGGAAGGUGGCCACCCCGGCAG